AUGCCUCAUUCCACAGCAACGACCGUGCAAUCGAAGUCGAAAGCCAACGGCAAUGCUACUACUACCGCCGUAAAGACUGCUAAGGGGAACGGCGAGGCGAAGGCCGCGUCAACACCCAAAGAUGACGAGAAUUACGAGCAUUUCUUCUGGACAUACACCGAAGAACCUCACCGGACGCGCAGAAUGGCCAUUAUCAAGGCCCAUCCAGAGGUCACCAAACUCUGCGGUCCCGAGCCCCUAACCAAAUACAUCGUCACCUGCGUCGUGGCCCUCCAAAUCACCUGCGCCUACCUAUUACGGAACACCCCCUUCUUCUCCUGGAAGUUCUUCCUCACCGCGUACAUAAUCGGCGCAACCGCAAACCAAAACUGCUUCCUCGCCAUCCACGAAAUAAGCCACAACCUCGCCUUCCGCUCCCCGCUCGCCAACCGCCUCUUCGCCAUCUUUGCAAACAUCCCCAUCGGGAUCCCCUACUCCGCCUCCUUCCGCCCCUACCACCUCACGCACCACAAGUCACUGGGGGUAGAUGGGUUGGAUACCGAUAUGCCCACCGCAUUCGAGGCGGUGUUCUUGGAUUCGAUUCUGGGGAAGGCGUUCUUCUGCACGUUUCAGAUCCUCUUCUAUGCGCUGCGCCCGAUGAUGAUCUAUCAGAUCCCCUUGACGAAUAUACACUUUCUCAAUAUCGCGGUGCAGGUAGCCUUCGAUAUCGGACUCGUCAAGUAUGCGAGCGGAAACGCCUUGCUCUACUUCAUCCUCUCCAGUUUCCUAGCGGGUAGCUUGCAUCCCCUAGCCGGCCACUUCAUCGCCGAGCACUACGUCUUCGCGCACCUCUCUCGCGAAGCGCGCGACCCGCGCACCAAGCUCGAUACGCCUGUGCCAGAGACGUACUCCUACUACGGCCCCCUAAACUUCUUCACCUGGAACGUGGGGCUGCACAAUGAGCACCAUGAUUUCCCAGCUGUGCCGUGGAGUCGGCUGCCGGCGGUGUAUGAGAUCGCGAAGGAGUUUUAUGAGGAUCUGCCGAGGCAUGAGAGUUGGGUGUAUGUGAUUUGGCAGUUUAUUUGGGAUAAGGAGGUGGGGAUGAGCUGUAGGGUUAAGAGGAAGGAGGGGGGGAGGAAGGUGGGGGGGGGAAAUGUGACGGCAGCUUGGACGGAGCAGGAGAUUCAGGCUUGAUGAUGAGAUAUGAUAUACGAAGUUGUAUAUGCCCGUGGUUAUUUACGGGAUUGGGUGUAUUUGUACGACGAUUUCACUGUAGAACUAGAGUAGCAUAUGCCGUACGUAAUUCACAAUUAUAAAAGGUUC